AUGAGCGGAGCGUUAUAUGGCAUAGAUAUCGACGACCUAGAAAAGACGAUGGAAGAGAAGAAGAGAGGAGGAACAAUGAUUGGGAACCAACGAAUACAUGUCAUGAAAUAUGCGGAUGAUGUGGCGCUAGUUGCGGACACAGAAGAGGAGCUAAGAGGGAUGCUGAAAGAGCUGGAAAUAUACACAGAAGAGAAUAAGAUGGAGGUGAACGUGAAAAAAACAAAAAUUCUAAUAUGCAGAAAUGGAGGUAGAAAAAAGAAGGGAAAGAAAUGGAUGUAUAAAGGAAGUGAGGUCGAAGAAGUCAAAGAAUUUAAAUAUCUCGGGUACCAUUUCACCACAAGGAAUAGCGCAGGGAAACAAAAAAAAGGAACUAGCACAAAAAGCACAAAAGGCCACAAAUGCAGUAUGGGGAAUGAUAAAAAGGAGCAAAAAGAACAGCAUGAGCAAAAAAUAUAA